AUGAAUCCUCCCAGCAAUUUGGUUGAAUUUGCAAAAGAGCUCAUGCCCGCCGGGAUGAAAUUCUGCCCGACCGAUCAAGAGCUGAUAGCCCACUACCUCCACCGCAAGAUCACCGGCGGGCUGACCAGGUUCCAGACGGAGAUUGUGAAGGAGUGCGAUUUGUACGGGGAGGAGGAGCCGUGGCAGAUAUGGGAUAGGUUCAAGGCCGAGACGGUGGUGGAUAUGGAGCAGAACCUCUACUUCUUCACUCGGCUCAAGUCCAAGAGUACGAACGGGAAGAGGAUUCUCCGGCGGGUGGGGAAGAACGAAGGGACCUGGCACGGCGAGGAUGCCGGCUCGAAGAUCAAUUGCUGGUCCGAGGCCGAGGGCAAGAAUGUUUACCUCACAGGGUUCAAGAAGCGUUUCAAUUACAGGAACCUCAAGUCGGACCAGAACGGGCAGUGGAUUAUGCACGAGUUCAGUUUGAGCAACACCGAGUAUGUGAUCUGCCGGCUGAAGAAUAACAGGGCUGUUCCCGUUCCCUCCACGCCCUUGCUUCCGCUUCCUCCUGCUCCUCUGCAGCUUGAAGAUGUUCCCGAGAGGUCCAAUUCGCUGGGUGUUAGGAAUUUAGAUGUAAAUAGCUCUGUAGAAACUAAUCAGCUGCCCAAAGAUGAUGGGCGGAAGGAACAGAUUCUUGCGGAAAAGAGUGACCAAGCGACGGGGAGGGAUGGAAGUCAGCAGGCGAAGGAGAGUGAUCGAGAGGUGGAUGUUCAGAAGGAGGAGAAAGCUGCUGCUGCUGGUUCUCUGGCAAAACCCGGUAUGGAUAAUGGACAGGGUUGUGAAAAUCCAAAGAGAAUUGAUGGAGAAACGGAUGAGCAGAAGAAGGGAAAGGCUGCUCCUGCUCAGGCAAAGAAUGAUGGGGAAAAGAGUCCCCAAUGCAAGGGUGGUGAUGACUUUGAUAAGGCCAAGAAGAGUGACCACAGAGAACUAAAUGAGCAGAAGAAAAAGGAGAAAGCUGCUUCUGUUGAAGGGAAUGAGCGGAGUGAUGGCGGAAAGAAAGAGCAGAAGAAGAAGAAGAGGGUGGGUGGUAGACUGUUAAAGAAAGUGGACCAAGUAUUCGAGGCCUCGCCCAAGGCAGGGAAGCGACCAAGAGUAGAGGAAGAAGGUCCAGGGGAAGAUGAAGCCACUUGUUCUAGCAAAGAUAAGAAGGCACGAGGCCAGAUGGACUUGCUAAUGGAGGUUCUGGGGAUAGAAUUUUGA